CGCUCGCCGCUCUGCCUUCGCCAGCUGGCCCCGCCCACUGUAGGUGUGUGAGGGCGCGCGCGUGUCUCACUGUUUUCAACCUCACCGAAGUGACAAGUGAUAAAUAUUGAGGAAGAAAAGUGCGCCCGCCCGUCUGCCACCUUUACAAAUUCAGCCGAGGAUCCACUCCGCACCCUAACCCCUGCCCCUGCUCCUUUUCCUUCUCCCCCUCAGCCUCCACCGCAAUAGACAGCGGGCGAUGGAUUAAUCAGAGGCUGCUGGACCCCGAGCGUCGAGUUGUCAAAAGCGCGGCGAGGCGGCGACCGCUGAGGUAACAAGACCGGUGCACCGGCGGUGCUGCGACAACAACAUCAUCAGCACCACCACCAGUAUCAGCAGCAACAGCAGCAACUCCUCGCUCUCUGCGUGCCAUGGCUCUCGUAACGGUGCAGCGUUCGCCCACCCCCAGCGCCGCCUCAACGGCCAGUACCGCCACCACCAACGCGGGAGAGGAUUUCGGGAGUGAUGAUGAGCGCAGAUUAAACCAGAGCUUAAGUGAAAGCUUCUUUAUGGUGAAAGGGGCUGCUCUAUUUCUACAGCAGGGAAGUACUCUACAAGGUCAGAAGGUACACUCUCAUCACAAACAUGCAGGUGAUUUACCCCAGCAUCUUCAAGUGAUGAUCAAUCUUCUUAGAUCGGAAGACAGAAUUAAACUGGCUGUGCGAUUAGAAAGUGCUUGGUCUGACAGAGUCAGGUACAUGGUGGUGGUUUAUACUAAUGGCCGACAGGACACAGAGGAAAAUAUUCUGCUGGGCAUGGACUUCACAAGCAAAGAGAGAUGCUGCACAAUUGGAAUGGUACUGCCCCUCUGGAGUGACACCAAGAUUCACCUGGAUGGUGAUGGAGGCUUUAGUGUGAACACAGCAGGAAGAACACACAUCUUUAAGCCUGUGUCAGUGCAAGCCAUGUGGUCUGCUUUGCAGAUUCUCCACAAAGCCUGUGAGAUUUCCCGACGGUACAACUAUUAUCAGGGCAGUGUAGCUCUUACAUGGAUGAGCUACUAUGAAAGUUGUAUCUCUUCUGAGCAGAGUUGCAUCAAUGAGUGGAAUGCCAUGCAGGAUUUGGAAUCCACUCGGCCAGACUCGCCUGCUAUGUUCGUUGACAAACCCACAGAGAGAGAGAGAACAGAGCGUCAAAUUAAAGCUAAACUCCGGAGCAUCAUGAUGAGCAAAGACCUGGAAAAUGUGACUUCUAAGGAGAUACGCAAUGAACUGGAGCAGCAUAUGAACUGUAACCUCAAGGAGUACAAGGAAUUUAUUGACAAUGAAAUGCUGCUGAUCCUUGGGCAAAUGGACAAGGCCACACUGAUUUUUGAUCAUGUGUAUCUGGGAUCUGAGUGGAAUGCCUCCAACUUAGAGGAACUGCAGAGCUCAGGUGUUGGCUACAUACUCAACGUAACUAGAGAAAUUGAUAACUUUUUUCCGGGCUUGUUUUCAUAUCACAACAUACGAGUGUAUGAUGAGGAAGCCACUGAUCUUUUGGCCCACUGGAAUGACACCUACAACUUCAUAGUAAAAGCAAAAAAGAACCAUUCAAAAUGUCUUGUUCAUUGCAAGAUGGGUGUAAGCCGUUCAGCAUCUACAGUCAUAGCCUAUGCUAUGAAAGAGUAUGGGUGGUCGUUAGAAGUAGCAUACAACUAUGUCAAACAGAAGCGAAGCAUUACACGUCCAAAUGCAGGCUUCAUGAGACAGCUGGCAGAGUAUGAAGGAAUCUUAGAUGCAAGCAAACAGCGGCACAAUAAAUUAUGGCGUCCUGACUCUGAUUCAGAAAUGACGGAUGGUCAGCAAGCCUCUUUGCAACUUGAUGAGGCUGGUGAAAACCCAUCUGAGUUUACAAUUAGACCACCUGAUGAGCUGUGGGAUGUAGAUGGAGCAAGACCUUCACCAAGUAGGACAAUAGGUGUUGAAGUGGAUCCUGCUGAUCCACCCAAUUAUAACUAUUACUUCAGGAGACUGUCUGAUUCUGCAUUGGACAGUGAACCUUCUACCCCUGUGCGAGCCCCACCACUACUAGACAUGGAUCGAGUUUAUAUUGCAAUUGAAGAUGUUGAAAGAGACGCACUGCUAGAUGAUGAGCCGUUUGAAGGUAGAGAGUGUUCUCUACAUCAUUUUGCUGUUGCCAGUGAAGGUACAGCUGCUCAGACAUGUCGAUUGGAACCAUUAGAAGCUGAAAUUCGUAGGAAGCUGGAUUUUGGCACUGUAGAGGAAGAGGAUGAAGAGGAGGCAGAAGCAGAGGUUGCUUUGUUAAUGGAACCACAACGUGAAGGGGGAAACAUUGGUGAAGGUGAGGAGAGUAGUGCACAUGUCAAAGAAGAUAUACAGGCGCUCCGCUGCUCUUCCAUUGAAGAACAAAACAGGCUUAACAACAAAAAUUCAAACAAUAACAACAGUCUCAGUAGCAAACGGAGCUUUCAAGAAGGGUCUGACGACAGUGCUAACAUCAGAAGUAUCCACAAAGUCAAGCCUUUAUAUUGGGUCUGUACAGAAUGCAUGCCUUCCCCUAGCCAUCUGUGCUGUGAAUCCAUGAAAACCAACCAUUCUCAGAGCCUUAACCCAGUUCAACAGAGUGGCAAUUGUACCUUGGGGAAUCCUGUAAUGCGUCCCUUGUCAGGUGUGGUUAAAAAGUCAUUGGGAAACUGUGCUAUCUGUGGUAUUACUGCAUCAGAAUCCUUUUUGAAAACCUGCCAUCAAAAGGUGGAUCCAGUAAGCUGUGAUGGCUUUAUUGAGAAUGUGCAGGCACGCUGGGAGUCUAGUUUCUUGACAAAAAUUGGAGAACUUAAUGAAAAAAAGAAUAUCAAAGACCUUAAACUGCUUAAAAUCAGUCUAGAGGAAGAAAAGCCUAUGGUGGCUAGCUAUUUAAUGCAACAUCAGGAAUCCAUAAUUCAGCUUCAGAAAGCUGGCUUGGUCAAGAAACACGCUAAAGAGCUAGAAAAGCUGACCAACAUAGCAGUGGAGAACAGCAAAGCAUCAGCUCAACUGAGAGAUGGUGAACAUAUGGAUUUCACUUCUGAACAUGAGAGUCUUCUGACAGGAAGCCAGAAAGACGUACAGGCUGAUUUUGUCAGUAAGGUGUGUGAAACAAAUCAGCAGCAGACUUCUACACCACAUUCUGGCCAACCAAGUACCCCCCUGUGCCUGACUAGAGAUCUCCUGAAGACUGUGGGUGGACAGACUCCUACAUCUUCUCCCUAUGGCUCAACUUUGACUCGGAGCUCUAGCAGUGAUAGCAUUCAUAGCAUACGAGGAAAGCCAGGUCUUGUCAAACAGCGUGCUCAGGAGAUAGAAGCCAGGCUUCGUCUGGCUGGACUCACUGUGUCUUCCAGGCUGAAGCGAUCCAACUCCCUGGCCAAGCUGGCCAUCCUCAACUUUUCUUCAGAUGACCUUUCUUCCAUUGGUUCCUCUGCAGAAUCUAAUGUCACCUUUUUAAGUAGGUCAGCAUCCAGCAAAGAUAGUCGCAGCUGGCAGCUAAGUAGUGUCCAGCGCGAGACAAAAAAAACAUUUAUGAGCAGCUUCUUAAAAUCACCUCUUGAGGUCAGCACCUUCAGUCCUGGUAGCUGAUGUUCUAAUAUAAAUUUGAGUUUUAAUGAGCAUGAUGGUUAGGUACAACAAGAGUUUGCAAACUUGAAAUGUAAUUACAGGAAGAAUACAAAGAUUAAAAAUUAUGCAUUAUGUGUAAAUAAUUUCACAAGGUAUUUAAAAAGAAGAAUCUCUAAAUACUGUUAUUUAUAAGUAGUUAUGGACAUCAAGGAUUUCACAUGGAGGUGAUUGUCUUUAAAGUGACUAUAAUAGAAUAGUGGGGCCCUCUGAAGCCGCUGUGAAGUUCACAAUGCGCACGUGAUGUGUGUAGUUUUUAUUAGUGAUGUUCUUUUAAUUUAACCAGCUGUGAACAGUGCAAGAUUGGGCAUGGUGAUUUAUGUCAAGAUUUUACCUGCUGUAAAAAUAUAGGUAUGUCAAAUAUAAUAUACUCCAAAACUUAAACAAUACAUACAGGAACUGUGACAUAACCUCCGUUGUAAAUACAGUUGGAGGUAAAUCAUUGUCUUGAGAAGCAUGGGUUUAAUCAGCUUUGAUAGGUCUCAUGCUAUGCCAAUGUGUGGAAGGAUAGAUUACAUAGGGCUAAAUGAAUGUACAGUAUACGCUGCUGCUUUCAGUUUCUGAAUGUAUUCAUAAAUGGUAUAAAGUUUAGAGAAGAGUGUCUGGCUUGCAGGAGCCCAAGAGAGUGAGACUAGCUGUACUGUAUCAUGUGCCACUAUCAUCACAGCUUCAUAUCUGUAAUGGGGCUGGUAGCUUGAAGGUUUUGAAAUAAGCUACAGUUAAAGAAAUCUUAUUACCUAAUGUGUUCAGGUUGGUUUGGUCUCUGAUCAGUUGAAAUUAAAUAAUGCAGCAUCCAGUGAUACAUUUUCAAAUGCAUAAAAGCCUCUUCUGUGACCAGUGGCAAACUGAGAUCAGACGUGCUCGAUCAUUUUUCUUUUACUAUUUUGAUUUUCAUCCACUGACCCUUAGUAGCUGACAGCUCUCUCUACCUCCAUUAUUUCACCAGUGUGGUGCUAGUCUUAUUUUUCAGGAAAAUAGAUCUACUGUUUACUGUGCUUCAAUCACUAAAUCACAAGCUCUUCAAGAAGUUUAGUUAAAAUGGUUAUGGAAUAUUUGUGGAAGGGUUAUAUACUAAGUCAUAAGUAGAGGUCCACUACUUCAAGGGUGUUUGCCACUUGAGGAGUAAACAACCUAUGAAACAGUUCCAGCAGAUAAUGAGUCUUUCUAGGAUUGUUUGUUUAAGCAAAUUAUGUGGAAUAUUUAUCUAUUGAUGGAUUGAAACUGAUAAUUUUUUCACUUUAUGUUGAACCUUUGAAGUCCAAAAAACUACAUACAUGGACAUGUCAUCAGACCAGAACUGGAAUGAAAGAAAUAUUUUGGAAUGUCUUGAAGCUCUUUUGAGUUAAAGAUGUGUUGCUACACAUACUUUUGAAAUUUUAGCUUAUACAUUUUUAAAAUUCACACUACCCUGACUGUGAAUGUGAAAAGCUGCUCCACCACAUAGUCAAGCAUUUGGUGUGCUUUUACUUAGCACAGUCUUUCCUCUACUUUAAGUAGGCUCUGUACUUCUUUGUCUUAUUGCACAUCUAAAAUGCCAAACCAGAGAUUACAUGAUUUUAUUAAAUUCUUUAUUUUUGUCACCCCAGCCUCAAUUAUUGUAUAGUUUAAUUUUAUUAACACAUUCCCCUCUCCUAUUAUUUGUGGUGGAAUACUUUUCCUGAGGCAGAGAUAAAUUAGUUCUAUGACCAUUUUUUUCCCUUUUCAUGAAAAUAGACUUGGUUUUUCAUUUGUUGAGCUAGUUAAAGUUUGCUAUGCCUUCUGUUAGUCUGGCACAAUUUUAUGUAUCGAUUACUCAUUCCUCCCAUAAAUUGCUAUACUCUUAUUAAACUUUCACCUGUUCUAAAUUAUAUAAAAGUAAUAGGAACCAGAAACACAAUGUAUGUACUUUAUGAACUAUGGCAGUUCUAGCUUUGCUUUAAUUGUGUUUUACCAUCACUAAUGUUCAUUGUCUUAAUGGGAUGUUCACCUUAUUCACUAUUCUUACAAUCUGGUGAAAUAUGCAUUUUAUGCCCAGCAUAUUAUCCUCUGUAGUCAAGCUUGGAGAAUUCAAAAGACAGAGGACCAUUGUAAUUUGCACUUUUCAGUGUGGUUGUAUCACUGCUUUAGCUAGUACGGCAGAUUUUUUUAGGCAAUGUAGGGCAUUUAGGGUCCUCUGAAUAAUUCUGAAUGUUUGGCACAAGUCUGAACUUUUGUCAUUGAUCGAUUGUUCAACAAGUCCUCCCUUUAAUGAACGUUCAUCUUAUUUAUGGCUUAGUGAGUCAAUCUAAAGGAGUGAACAGGUACAAAAUUAUGCUGCUUUAGAGGCAAGAGUAAUGACAUGCAAUUUGGUCUGUCAUGUGGUACUCAUAAUAGGACACAAAUGGGUGGUGGAACUUGUGAAGAUGGUAGAAUUAUUACUUUUAAGAAGUGAUUUAUUGUUUAAAUACACUUGUUGAAUCACUGUACUGUACAAGAAAGUUCUUAAGCUUGCUGUAUGUUGAACUUUUUUCAUCUCACUAUUCUGAGUCUUAUUACAUUAUUGUACGUCUGUGUAUAUAACGCAAGCCUCUCCAUGGACUUUUUGAUCACAGUUGACUGUUUUGCUAUUGCGCCACCAGGCAGAUCUGUGUAUGUGCAUGUGUAUGUAUUGUAUCCCAAACAGAAAAUACAAGCUACCCAUGAUUAUCAAGUAUACAAAUGAAACUGUCCCAUCAUCCAGUAAGCAGCAUUCCUAACUGAAAAUUAGUGAAGGAAAGUGCAUCAGUAUUUAAAUAUUUUCCAGAGGUAUUCAGUUAGACUGGAAUAGAUAAUUUAAUUUUAUUUUUCACUGUGUAUACAUACAUAUAUAGUAUAUACAUUUAUGUAUAUAUGUGUAUGUAUAAAUAUAUAAUAUAAUGUGUGUAUGUGUAAUAUAUAUGCACACUAGUAUAAAAAUGUUAGAUCAUGUCAAAUUGAGCAGGCUAUAAUAAAAAAAUCUUGUAAAUUUGUGUGAGUGUGUGUGUAUAAUGU